ACGAGCAGUGCAUGUCAAAUGCAACACUGUGCCAUACAUUUGCCAAACAGCUGACAAAAAGAACAAUUUAAUGUAAAUAAAAGUAGUGCAAAAUAUUAAAUGGUGUAUUUUGUGUAGAAAAUAAUGAGCUGGUUCGAAGCGAAGGGUCUAAAUUGGGCGAAAAGUGCGCUCAAAGAAGCCGUCGCAUCCAUAGACAAAGCGCUCGACAUACAAGACGACAAUGUGGGGGGUGAAAAAAAUUUGCCAGCGCAAACGACUUUGCCUACGUCGUCAGCAAGCAGUGGAGCAGUGCGAAAACAAAAGCUACCAGGUGCAGCAAAUCGCGAUAGAAGUGAUAGUCAGAAUGUAGUCGCCACACAAAGUACGGUAACAAAGCAUACCACGACGGUUUCAGCACCUGUUACACCGACAGCACCAAUGGUCUCGUCGACAUGGGGUUCCUUCACUUGUUCCUUCUUUGAAAAUCCAAAUGCGCAGGAGACUAUAACAGCGCCACCGCGUACCAAUGUAGGUAGUGUGGGCAUGCUGCCCGUUGUUGGUGUAAUGCAAAAUGCAACUUCCAUGGCAGACGUUGAAGGCAGUAAGACACCGUCCACACAACGCGCAUCAAUUACUUCGACAACUACGUCAGAUUCGGUGGAAUUACUCUCACCACCUGAAUCGAGUAGUUCAGAUUUGCAGUCACCAAUUGGUGACCCCAAGAGCAGUGCAAGUAAUGAGGCAUCAUCCUCUGUGGAAACUAUUAGCGGUACAGCAACGUUGGAAAAUGAGGAGUUCAAUAAAGAAAUGUGCAUAUCUGUGAGUGCCUCAUUGCCAGACAGCAUUGUAAUUAUAUCGGAAAAAGAUGAAUACGAGAUUGAAGAGGAUUCAAUUUCAUAUAAAACUGUUGUUGGGGAUUUGCAAGAUGCUGCAGAUAGCGCAGAAAGUCACAUUGCACCCACUACCACACACUAUCCAAAUACGAUUGAGCAACCCAUAGCUACGACCAGCUGCUCUCCGAGCCAGAAAAUUAUCAUCUCUUUAGAGGAUACACGCAGCGAUUCACAUCAUGCCGAUUCGGAUUCCACACAAAGUUUCGAAGAUGUGCAAAUGCAGACGAGUUGUGCCGUUAGUCAGUACUUGGAAAAAACACAAGCCAUCUCACCAGCAUCGGACGAUCAGAACGACGCCAUGAAUUCCAAAACCAAUUCCUCACCACAUAAUUCCAACGAUGAAAUGGAAACGACAACCUCCUCAGAUAUCGAAAUUAUAUCUAACCCCAAUGGAAACGGCGACUCCUCUAGUACAAAUAGCAUGACGCGUAUCAGUCCUCUAAAGUGGAAGAAACUUAUGAGUAGCCAGGCUGGUGGACAAACACACGGCAUGACUUGUACGAAGAAAGGACACUUUCGUGGUCCCUCCGAGAUAUCGAUACUUUCCGAAGACUCACAAUCUGAGUUAGACCGGCUUAUGCACCGCAUAAGUGAACUUAGUGAUACUUUAGAAGCACGUGAAUUACGCCUGCUGCAGUUGGAGCGCCAAAAUAUAGAGUUGCAGGAACGCAAUGCCGAAAUCGAGAACACGCUGGAGAAUUUUAAAACCAAUAGUGGCGGCAGCGACACCACAGAAGGUUAUACACAACGGCUCUCGGCGUUGGAAAAGAAAUUCCAAGCCAGCAUACGCGAGCGUGAUGCCCUGCGCAUACAAAUCAAGGACCUGAAAGACGAGCUGCAGCUCAAAAUACCCAAAGAGCAGCUGGCAGAGAGCAACAUAAUGAUACAGGAAUUGCGUUCGGAAGGUGAAAAACUGUCGAAGGAGAUACUGCAGCAAUCGAAUAUCAUCAAAAAACUACGUGCAAAGGAGAAAACUAGCGACGCCACGCUGAAAAAGAAUAAAGAGGAAAUCGCCGUUCUAACGGAUGAGCUUGAGCGGCUGAAAAAGACGCUGAACGCCAAGGAAGAGGUGGAGCGUUCACAAAUCGAGGCUGUGCAUAAAAUGUCCUCGGAGAAGCGUAAACUAGAGGAUGAGAACGCGCAGCAACGCAGCAAGCUGGAAGACCUGCAAUCAAAGUUGCAAACACUGCAAUCGAGUUUCGAGGCGGCCAAAUUGGAAUUACAACAACGCACGCGCCAACAUACCGAUCUAACGCGCACCGCCGAGGAGGCGACUGCCGCAAAGAAAGAACGUGAGUCGCUAAAAGCAGAGAAUCUGGAAAUCCUGAACCAGUUGAGUGAACUGCGUGAGAAAUUACGCGGCACAGAGCAGACAACAACAAGGCGCGAACAACAUUUACGCGAAGAGAAUCGAGAACUGUUGCGCAGAUUAGAGGCGGCUGAAAUGCGCGCCGAAGCAGCGGCGCAAGAGGCCAGCUUGACUACAGUGCCACUAAUGCGGCAACUGGAAUCACUACAAAAUACGCUCACUCAACGCAGCGCGAACUGGAAUCAGGAGGAGAAGUUACUGCUGGAGAAAUUGGCCGCUACGCAGACUAAAUUGAAGUCAUUGGAAAAUGUGGAGCUCAAAUAUGAAGAGCGUGUGGAACUCUUACAAAAACAUUGCACCGAACUCGAAGACACACUUUCGCAUGCGCUGCUGCAGGAGGAGAAGGCCAAAAUGAGUUUGCAACAAGCACAGCUGGAGUAUAACAUGAAAGAGAGCAGUCUCAAGAGCCAACAAGCCGAACUCACUAAACAGCUUGAACAGUGCACGUCCAAAGUGGAGGCAUUGGAGCGUGAGAAUAAAGUAUUAGAAGAGCAGUUGCGUAGGAAGUCGGAGGAGAAAUUACCCACUUUUGUUGGUGCUGAAGAGCUGCCGCAAAUAGGCGUUGAGUCAAAGCGUAUAGUGCCGCUCUCUGCAGCUGCCUUAGCGCCGCAUGAACUGGCGCGCCAGCACUCAUUGGAGCAAAUACAACGUUCGCAGUCGCCGGCAAUGAGUUUUGAGCGCACUUCACAAGAGGAGACAAUGGAGGGUGGCAGCAUCGAUUGGCAGGCGGAAGAUAUCGAUUGCAUUUCGAAUUCGGGUCGUCAAAUGGGCAAUUUGGCCUAUGGCCUAAAUAUGAGUUUUAUGGGGCAUAACACAUCAACGUUAGAGCAUUUACAAUCGAUGUUGAAGCAGCGCGAUGGUGAGCUGGUGCACAUACAAUGGGAGUUGGCACGCUUGCAAGAGGGACGAAGCGUGUUGGGGGAGGAAAUCGCAAUGUUGACUACAGAGUUGGAAGCUGCCAAAGAGAAGUUGCUCGCCUACGAAACGCUGGACCAAAGCUACGAGGAGCUACAGCAUAACUAUGACGCGCUGCUGCAAAUGUACGGUGAGAAAGUUGAACGUACCGAGGAACUGGAAUUGGAUCUGAAGGAGGCGCGUGAGGCAUAUAAGGCGCAAAUCAAUGAGUUGUUGGCCCAACCCGCACGGCCUAGCACAUGAUAUUUAUAAAAGUGGCAAUUUGGACUCUGUCAUCGGCUGAGUCAUAUAUUCACACUAUUUGUUAUCUAAUUCCACAGUAGUCUUAAUUGUAAGUAUGGUAUUGUAUGUAGUUAUGUUAUAAUUAUUAUAAAUUUUAAACGAACUGUUGCUGGGUGGCGUAUUAGAGCUGCGCGUAAAGAAAGGUAUGAUUUAAUAAAGCCAUUUAAAAGAAUUAAACCACUAA